GCUGGUGAAGGAGAAGGUAAUGUACGUCAAGGAGACCAAGCAACAGGAGGAGAAGAUUGAACGACUAAAGGCAGAUGCCUGCGACGAAGAGGCCGACUCCGAGGCCAAGCAUGUCAUCAAGAAACAGGUGGGUGAAAACACAGGAGAACUAAGGAUGCGUUUACAUUCAGUUGUAAACACAUACUUUACAUACACAGGCCAACACAUACUUGACAUAAAUAGGUAGGCCAACACUUACUUUACGUACAUAGGCCAACAUUAAGUUGCUUUUAUAGCUGUAUAGUAACGAUGUUAUAACUAUAGUAACAACAUUGCAUUAAGUUGUUACAUAGUAAUUUAGUAUUGCUUUGUGGUUGCAUAUUUUAGAGCUAUUUUUAUUACACGAUGUUAAAAUGCUGUACAAUGUUACUUUGUUACUAUACAUGUAUAAGAGCAACUGCAUGGAAAGUGUUACCAAGUGGUUUAAAAGUGACGCGUUAUAGCCUAAAUCACAUUGAAUGUUUUUCUUGGUCAAAAUGUUAUUUGUCACCUUCAUUGCUAAAUGUGGAAGCAUUUCUAAUGUGCUUUAUUUAACAAGCCUAUUGUCAAAUAGAAUUAUGGUACAGUAGAGAACAGACAAUGACAGUAGCCCUACAUUCACUUUAAUGAGGUCAGCUUAGUAUCAUUAUGAAGAAUUAGUGUUGGGGGUCGUUAGCGAUUUAGUCAUUUGCUGAUUUAAUGACAUUAUGUAACUUUGGAGGAGUUUGAUAAUUACUGACACAUGCUGGUAAUUUACAGCCGCUAGGAGAUCGCUGGCCCAUAUCCUCCUCAUCUCCCUCGCUCUCACUCCUUCUCUCCCUUCAUAAUAUCCCCUGCUUAGAUUAGAAUACGAGAGGGAUGAGAUUAGAAUGAGAGAGGGAUGAGAUUAGAAUGAGAGGGGGAUGAGAUUAGAAUGAGAGGGGGAUGAGAUUAGAAUGAGAGGGGGAUGAGAUUAGAAUGAGAGGGGGAUGAGAUUAGAAUGAGAGGGGGAUGAGAUUAGAAUGAGAGGGGGAUGAGAUUAGAAUGAGAGGGUGUUGGACGAUAAAGACCCACGGUGGCUUGUGUCCUCUGUGUGCCCUACCUCACAACCUUUGUUUUCAUCUCAGCUAUUCUAGGGAUUACACCUUGUGGAGAGGAUCAUCUGCCAUGCUUUCAUGCACAAUAGGCAGGAUGGAUGGAUGGAGAUCAGGAUGGAUGGAUGGAGGGCAGGGUGGAGGGCAGGGUGGGUGGAUGGAUAUCUGGAUGGAUGGAGGCUGGAUGGAUGCAGGGCAGGGUGGAUGGAUGGAUGAAUGAAUGGCAGGAUGGGUGGAUAGGAGGGCAGGGUGGAUGGAUGGAGGGCAGGGUGGAUGGAUGAAUGAAUGGCAGGAUGGGUGGAUAGGAGGGCAGGGUGGAUGGAGGGCAGGGUGGAUGGAUGAAUUAAUGGCAGGAUGGGUGGAUAGGAGGGCAGGGUGGAUUAGUGACAUCUAUUUUUUAAUGCUUCUAAGUGUCGUCUUUAUCCUGCUGCUGAUGGGAUCAUUCCACUGUUACUGGGAGGGCACCAUGACCUCCAUGACCGCUACCAACUCACCGUGUAUGUGUGUGCAUCACUGCCUGUGUCUCUCCACCUCACCUCUGGAGUUGCUUAGCAGUGUGUGAGGUGUCUGACUAACAGUGUUAGCUGAGUCCUCUGUUCUCUUUAGGGUGCCAGUCAGGGGAAUUCCCCAUUCGCUUUGCCUUUCCAGAGUAUCUCAGACCCAGACAUCUCAGGCUCUUACUUAGCUUCCCCAUAGGCGUAGUAAUACCUCUCCAUGCAUGAUCACCGUGCUGCUACCUGCCCUAGGCGAAGUAAUACCUCUCCAUGCCUGAUCUUCAUGCCGCUACCUCUCUGCUCGUCUUCUCCACUCACCCAGGUGUGCUGGAGGCAGAGCGAGGCGAGGACCCCUGCUGCUGCCCAACUCCCUGCCUGAUCAAUAACUAUAUAACAUUUUUCACGCAGGCAGAGAGCUUGUUGUGGGAUGUUAACCUUAGCACAGCAUAUGUGGGAUACUAAACCAAGACAAAGCCUACAGUGGCUUGCGAAAGUAUUCACCCCCAUUGGCAUUUUUCCUAUUUUGUUGCCUUACAACCUGGAAUGAAAAUGGAUUUUUGGGGGGUUUGUAUCAUUUGAUUUACACAACAUGCCUACCACUUUGAAGAUGGAAAAUAUUUUUUGGGGUGAGACAAACAAGAAAUAAGACACAAAAAAACUAACUUGAGCAUGCAUAACUAUUCACCCCCCCCCCCCCCCUCCCCCCCCAAAGUCAAUACUUUGUAGAACCAUAUUUGCAGCAAUUACAGCUGCAAGUCUCUUGGGGUAUGUCUCUAUAAGCUUGGCACAUCUAGCCACUGAGAUUUUUGCCCAUUCUUCAAGGCAAAACUGUUCCAGCUCCUUCAAGUUGGAUUGGUUCCGCUGGUGUACAGCAAUCCUUAAGUCAUACCACAGAUUCUCAAUUGGAUUGAGAUCUGGGCUUUGACUAGGCCAUUCCAAGACAUUUAAAUGUUUCCCCUUAAACCACUCAAGUGUUGCUUUAGCAGUAUGCUUAGGGUCAUUGUCCUGCUGGAAGGUGAACCUCUGUCCCAGUCUCAAAUCUCUGGAAGACUGAAACGGGUUUCCCUCAAGAAUUUCCCUGUAUUUAGCGCCAUCCAUUAUUCCUUCAAUUCUGACCAGUUUCCGAGUCCCUGGAAAAACAUCCCCACAGCAUGAUGCUGCCACUACCAUGCUUCAGGGAUGGUGUUCUUGGGGUGAUGAGAGGUGUUGGGUUUGCGCCAGACAUAGUGUUUUCCUUGAUGGCCAAAAAGCUCAAUUUUAGUCUCAUCUGAUCAGAGUACCUUCUUCCAUAUGUUUGGGGAGUCUCCCACAUGCCUUUUGGCGAACACCAAACGUGUUUGCUUAUUUUUUUCUUUAAGCAAUGGCUUUUUUCUGGCCACUCUUCCGUAAAGCCCAGCUCUGUGGAGUGUACGGCUUAAAGUGGUCCUAUGGACAGAUACUUCAGGGUUAUCUUUGGUCUCUUUGUUGCCUCUCUGAUUUAAUGCCCUCCUUGCCUGUUCUGUGAGUUUUGGUGGGCGGCCCUCUCUUGGCAGGUUUGUUGUGGUGCCAUAUUUAAUGGUGCUCCGUGGGAUGUUCAAAGUUUCUGAUAUUUUUUUAUAACCCAACCCUGAUCUGUACUUCUCCACAACAUUGUCCCUGACCUGUUUGGAGAGCUCCUUAGUCUUCAUGGUGCCACUUGCUUGGUGGUGCCACUUGCUUAGGGGUGUUGCAGACUCUGGGACCUUUCAGAACAGGUGUGUAUAUACUGAGAUCAUGUGACAGAUCAUGUGACACUAAGAUUGCACACAGGUGGACUUUAUUUAACUAAUUAUGUGACUUCUGAAGGUAAUUGGUUGCACCAGAUCUUAUUUAGGGGCUUCAUAGCAAAGGGGGUGAAUACAUAUGCACGCACCACUUUUCCGUUAUUUAUUUUGUAGAAUUUUUAAGCAAGUUAUUUUUUUCACUUCACCAAUUAGGACUAUUUUUUUACAUGAAAUCCAAAUAAAAAUCAACUUAAAUUACAGGUUGUAAUGCAACAAAAUAGGAAAAACGCAAAGGGGGAUGAAUACUUUUGCAUGGCACUGUAUUUCUAGGAACCACACAGUGGUGCUACUGAAGCUGUAACACUUUGUUUUUCAACCUUUAAUACAUUACGAUCUAAAUCCGUGUUUUUCAACCUUUAAUACAUUACGAUCUAAAUCCGUGUUUUUCAACCUUUUUGAUAAACUUUUUUUUUUUUUUGCUUGGAGGACCCCUUGAACAAAAACUAACACAACUGAUAUGUUUAUAAAUGGUGUAGAUGAUGAUGGUAAUGAUGAAGAUAGUAAUGAUGAAGAUGGUGGUGUUAAUUAAUAAUCUGUGUUUUCUCUGUGUGUUUCAGUUGGAGGUUCUACAGGAGUCCAAGAUGAUGAUUCCAGACUGUCACAGGCGUUUGACCAUAGCACACGCAGACCUGUCCCAGAUACUAGUAAGCACUGCGCUGUUUUUUAAAAAUCAUGUUUAUUUUACCGGUGGCCAGUAUACUCUGUUAGGAAGGAAGAAACGUUGAGAGGAAGCAGACAAUCCUCCUUUGUCGUUGUUGCUACAGGUUUAUCCAUGAUGUUAGUAUUUUUGGCUUCCAUGUCGGUGUGUGUGACUGUCUAAAGUGACACGCUGAUCAUGCAGGUGUGUGUGACUGUCUAUAGUGACACGCUGAUCAUGCAGGUGUGUGUGACUGUCUAUAGUGACACGCUGAUCAUGCAGGUGUGUGUGACUGUCUAUAGUGACACGCUGAUCAUGCAGGUGUGUGUGACUGUCUAUAGUGACACGCUGAUCAUGCAGGUGUGUGUGACUGUCUAUAGUGACACGCUGAUCAUGCAGGUGUGUGUGACUGUCUAUAGUGACACGCUGAUCAUGCAGGUGUGUGUGACUGUCUAUAGUGACACGCUGAUCAUGCAGGUGUGUGUGUGACAGAUCUAAGAAGCCAGAGAAAGGAACACCCCCCCCCACCUCCACACACAUGCAUGUCUCAGGGUCCUCACAAUUAGCAGAGAGCAGGAGUCAGGCAGCCGUGGCCUCACUGAGGGACACGUGCAGAAGGGAGAGGAGGAGAGAGGAAAUCACAGAUGACUCCUCUGAGGGGAGGGGAGGGGGGGGGGGGGGGGGGGGGGUGACAGGGUCCCUCUCCACCUCCUACCAAAGCCCACUCUCACCCCUUCCCUUCCUACACACACACACACACACACACACACACACUCAUUACAGUUCAUUAGCAGUUCUGUCACUGCGGUGGCCACCAUAGGAACCCAGCAGCACUCGAUUAGCACAGAUGUGACCCACACACACACACUCUCACAUACACUUUUUUUUUUACUGACUAGAACCGUUCCACUGUGAAAUCAAUAUGUGGAUUGUUAAUGUCAAUGUUAAUUUUAUUAAAAAUGGGCUAGGAAAAGGGCUUUUGUAUGAUAAUUUGGUGAAUAGCCAUGUGAAUUGACUGUGGAUUUUUUUAAUGGCUAGGUUAACUGGGUUGAUUGUAGAUGAUAAGUUAGAUUUGGUGUAAUGCUAUUUGAUGGGUUGGUCAUUUUAAAGGUGUGUGUGAUAGGGUUAGUAUUGAUAUCCUGUAUGUGCUUGUGUUUGCAGGAAACAGAAGAGGACUUGGCUGAAGCAGAGGAGUACAAAGAGGCCAGGAUUGUAUUGGAUUCAGUGAAGCUUGAAGGA